AUGGCAGCGGCCAAGAAAAUACUAGGAUGUUCAAGUACAACGAGCAACACUGUAUUGAGAGCAGAACUGGGAAUGUACUCUCUUAAAACAAAGAGAGACAUGCAAAAGUUGAAUUGGCAGUACAAGGUAAGUAGAAUGUCGGACGAUAGACUACCAGCCAUGGUUGACAAGGCAGCUUGGGGAAAGGCGACUCCAGGGAAGAAAGGAAUCAGAUGGGACAAGGUGGUAGAGAGGGUUUGGAAGGAGAUAGGAGACGAGGAGGAGACAUUGGACACGGAAGGGUUCGGGGGGUUCAAGAAGAAAGUCAAGGAGAUGCUAGAAAGUAGGGAGGAGGCAACCCUUCGGAAGAAGGUACGAAGCGACGACCACUUGGAGAUAUACGGGAAGUUGAAAGAAGGGAUAGGGAUGAAGAGUUACUUGGACGGCCCCAUGGACUACGCAAAAAGACUGAAGUUGCAAUCUCGAGUAGGCGAUCUGGACUUGCUAGAACGGAGGAAGAGGUACAGCAGCCGUAGGAGAGAGGAAGAGGAGGAUAGACAGACAUGUCCAUGUGGCAAAUCGGAGGAGAGUAGACCCCACAUAGUUGGGGAGUGUGAGCUGUACAGGAAGGAAAGAGAGGAUCUCGAGGAGGACAUGAGACAGAGAGGGUGUGACAUGGACAAGUUUGGUAAAUUAGACAACAGCGAAAAAACAAUCGCGGUAAUUGGGGAUAGAUUGCGGGCACAAGAGGCCGUAGAGGACGGGGAUAAGAUGUGCAAGAAAUUUUUAUGUAGUUUGUGGCAGAAACGUAAAGAGCUCCCAAAUGUUGGUGGUGUCUCUAUUUAG